UUCCCCCUCUUCUCAAAAAUCCUCUUUCUUCUCCCCGAUCUCACUCACGCGCGGGUUCUCCUUACGCGCCAUCUUCUCUCUUCAUAAAAACUCCAACCCUCUUCCCCUGCGUGCCCCCACCUUCCUCCUCCUCCUCCUCCUCCUCCUCUUUCGCCGCCGUUGCGGACCCAUUGUCUAUACGUAACAGGUUGGAAGAUUCCAAAAUCGACUGGUUCUAUCUUCCGUCGGUGCGGGAGCAGCUAUUUCGGUGCAUUUUGGUUGUCGGAGAGGCGGUUCCGAUCAGUUACUCCAUGGCUGAGUUGACUCAGCCUGAGGUCUACUCGCUGAGGACUCUGCAGGUGUGGAAGACGUUGUUGAACUGGUUGGCUUUCUUCUUCCAGAUCUUCGUUCAGAUCCUCAGAGCUUUUGGACACCUUCGGCUUCUUUCUUCUUCUGAUUCUGAUUCUUCGUCUCCGUCUUUUAAGCCUUUGCCGGUCGUUGAGCUUCCUGAUCAUGAAUUUCUUGCUGCCUCUGCCGUUGAUAUUGCCUCUGUUGAAGAUGAGGAGUCCGACGGGCUUAUGGAGAAACUGACGAUAGUUCUCGAUUUGGAUGAAACUCUCAUAUGUGCAUAUGAGACAUCCACUCUGCCUGCUGUUAUUCGUAAUCAAGCAAUAGAAGCUGGACUGAAGUGUUUCGAACUCGAGUGUUUUUCUUCAGAUAAGGACUGUGAAGGGAAGCCUAAGGUCAACUAUGUUACUGUCUUUGAGCGUCCGGGUUUGCAUGAUUUCUUAAAUCAACUAGGUAGCUUUGCAGAUCUUGUACUAUUCACGGCUGGUCUUGAAGGAUAUGCAAGACCUCUUGUUGACAGGAUAGAUGAAGAAAAUCGAUUUAGUCUUCGACUUUAUAGGCCUUCAACAAUUAGCACGGAAUAUCGAGAUCACGUGAAGGAUCUCAGCUGCCUAUCAAAAGAUCUAAGAAGAACAGUCAUCGUUGAUAACAAUCCUUUCAGUUUUCUAUUGCAACCUGUGAAUGGAAUUCCUUGCAUUCCAUUUUCUGCAGGGCAACCACACGAUUCACAGCUUCUAGAUGUCAUUCUUCCACUCCUAAAGCACCUCUCGCUGCAGAACGACGUCAGAUCAGUGCUGUACGAAAGAUUCCAUAUGCCUGAAUGGUUUCAGAAGCAUGGAAUUCCAACCUAAGUUCAACGAAAUCUGUGCCAAGGAGAAAGGUACAUUCUUCUCUGCUCAUGCUCCAGUUAACACAGUUAGCUUGCUUGUUCAAAAGGGCAGAGCACAUUUAGGAGUCAGAUUCUGAUUCUUGAACUUCUGUAUAGCUUCAUGUUGUACAUCAUGGAUAUGAUCCUGAAAAAGUUGCAUCCAAUUGUUUGAAAAUCAUAGUAGUAUUAAGAUUGUAAAUUUGUAGGAAUUCUGAAUUGUAAUUUAUUAAUGCAGUGUUGUUGGAUAUGUUAGUAGGAAUUUUCUUGAACUUUUUACCAAUAAAUAUCAGUUGUUUCCUCCCUUU